AAUCUUCAGUUAGGCAUUGGCCUCCGUAAGAUUAAGAGUUGAAAAAUACACCACCGAACGAGUUGCUCACUCACUCGCACAGGAUCUCGAGGAGUAGGGUUGAUUUUAUCUCUCCUGCACGGGCGGUGGCACAAACGAAAGGAAUUUUUACAUUCGACACGUUUUUCUUUCUACAAACACGCGCCACUUUUUCUUCACAUCAUACGAGAGAGAACAUUCGUCCGAUACACUUCAGCGUCACCAUGCGAUUAUCCACGGUGUUUGAGCUCCUGCUCAUAUUUCUACUGGUAGCUUUCGCAGCCUACGCAAGAGUCAUAGAUCGGGAUGAGGUGACGAGUCUGCACAGAGUGAUCAGAGCCACGAAGCAGAGCAACGUUGGAGUCUCGACGAUAUCGUUGAAGCAGGCCACGGACAAUGUGAACAAGUACUGCACAUGCAACGACAACAUUUGCAACUGUUGCCGGAACUUCGACGUCCCGUUCCUGCAGCUGAAGGGAGCAGGAUGUGCUUCCGUCCAGUACUUGAAGGGCGACAACAUGGCGCUGCAGCUGAGCUUUGGAGAUAAUAUCUUGACCAGCACGGUGGUUAACGGAAAAAAUCCCAAGCCUGUAUGCGUGCCGCUGCCGGGAGGCUUUUCCAAAUUCUGCGGGAGAAUCUAUUCCAUCCAACGAGAAGCGACGGAUCACUUCAAGGCCUGUCUUGGUCUGGAAUUGGAGUCCUCGAAGCAAGUGGAAGCCAGUCUACGAGUGAGCUGCUUUAGGUUCGGUCCUGACGGUUUGAAACUCCGCCCAGCGGAGCCACUUCCGAUAGUCGAGGCCGACUCAAGUUCCGACGACGACGACGACGAGGACGACAUAUUCGGGCUUGGAUCCGACGAUGACGACGACGAAGACGACGAUGAUGACGACGACGAGGAGGACGAUGAUGACGAUGACGACGCGCCGACCGGAAACGCGGUUCCAUCGUCCUCCGCCGACGACGACGACGAAGACGACGAUGUUUUCGGACUGGGAUCCUUCUUCGACAUAUUCGGCGACGACGACACUCCGAAAAAGCCCAAGGUUACCACUCCGUCCCCUCUACCGGUUUCGAUUCCGCUUCUUACCAAGCCGAUCAGCGAAGCUCCGGCAGUCACUGCGGUCGAGCCUGUCGCUCCCGGAAAUGACAUUCCCGUGGAAAGUGGUUCGGUCGAACCACCCAAGCCCGUCGAGGAAGAGGUCCCAGCUUCGAAUGCCGCCGAAGAAGUUACCGACCAGGGUGUCGGAGCCAUCGCUGAUCCGGUCGCAGAGUCAGAGACGGCCGUUAACGCUGUCGACGACUUGGUACCGUUGGGAUCGGUGAUACAGAACAACGUUGUCCAGCCAGCUGAUUCGCCGGUUGAAGAGGGUGUUCAGCUGCCGGAAUUGGAUACGGGUACCGGAAGCGACAAGGUGAAGGUAACCGUAAAGAAGCCGGCGGUGACGUCCAGCACUAUAAACGCGAUCCAAACGGAUGUUAAGAAGCCAGUCGCGACGGUGGCUUCGAAGCCUGAAAAGCCCGAGGUUGUUCAAGGUGAGUCGGAUGAAUCGGAGGAAGAGGAAUCCGAAGAAGAUGACGAAGACGAGGACGAGGACGACGUCCUCGAGGCUGAUGACCUUGACGAGGAUGACGACGAGAAGGAGGAGAGCGUUGAGGACGAGAGUGAGAAGGAGGAGGACGAAGAUGAGGAUGAGAAGAAGCCCGAGGAUGUCGAGAUCGAAAGCGACGAGGAGAGCAUCAUCGACGACGACGAUGACGACGAGGAUGAGGCUGCGCUCCUAACGGCACUGUCGAGCGACGAGAAGGACGAGAAGGUCAAGAAGGACCAGGUCAAGGUUGACAAGAUUUCCACCAACGAGGCCGAGGAUCCCGAAGCCGACGACGCUGACUACGGAUUUGGACUGGCCGAGAUGCUGGCGAGGAAACGAAACCAGAAGCACGCGAGACCAGGUCGGCAGAGCAGAAUCAUGAGACUUUAGGAGGCCAAAACGGAUCAAGUUGGAAUCGAAAUGUCAAUUAAUCGGACGGCCCAAGGAGCUUAGCCAUAUUUAGCGUUUAGCUCAGCGUAGUGUGUUAGCCUUAAAUUAUUAUCUCAAUCAACUAAUCCCUGAUAUAUUUAUAAUGUACAUUUGUAACCACUAUUUAUUCACGAUCACUGACUGUAUAUUUAUGUGCUAUUUAUUGUCCGCCCGUACGAGCGUUAGUUUGUUAAAAUAAACG